GAGCCGCGGCUCGCCGGGCGGGGAGGGACGGCCGGACCGCGCUGCGUCCAGAGGGAGCCGGAGCCGGGCGAGGCGGAGGAUCGAGUCCCGGGCCGGGGCUGCGGGCUCAGGGUGGACUCGAAACCUCUCAGAGCCUCACCCCUCCCUCCCUCCCUCCCUCCCUCCCUCCCUCCCUCCCUCCCUCCCUCCCCUGCCCUCCCUCUCUCGCCCUCCGACCCCGUCGACGCCGCUCUUCUCGGCUCUGCGCUUUUUCCAACCCGAAGCGAAGCGGGGAGCCGGUGGGCGGGUGGAGAGCUGAGGCCUCCUGUGCAGUUUAACAGUCGACAUCGUAGAAAUCCAUUCUUUUUAAUCUAAAACUUACUCGAUCCCACGGACCUCAGAACAGCACGCGUGGAGGAGUCGGCUCAGAACAGAAACACGUGGAAACGCUUCACUGUCCAUUGUAUCUGUCGCCGUCACGGGCGCUCUUUCACACGCGGAGAGAGACCGGAUGGCCUCAGAGUCACGCUGACGUGAAAAGAGGUUUGCGUCUGCUCCUUGUAUUGAUUAUCAGCACCAGAUCCGACAUCUGCGUUUGAUAGUUUGGCUCCCGACUUAAACGCGUUGACUGACACGGCAACCAUAGUGAUGCAGGGGAUGAGAACAAGGAUUGCCUGUUGGUUCCUGACGGCUUUUACCAUACUGACACAGCUUACGAUGGCAUCCAAAGUUGAAAAGACUCAUGCUUUACCACCGUGCUGUAGCACAGAAUCCCUCAUUUCCAGCAUCGGUCUGGGGAUCUUCUGCCUAGUAGCCGACAGACUUCUUCGGUUUCCCAUAAUUCAGCACAAUGACUGGCUUCGCGCCAUCUCAGAUAACAUAGUACACGGAGUGAUCGGCAUGUGGUCGUGGGCAGUAGUCACUGGAAUCAGGAAGAAGUCGGACUUUGGAGAAGUUCUUUUAGCGGGAUUUUUAGCGUCUGUUAUCGAUGUCGACCAUUUUUUUCAAGCUAGAUCCCUAUCUUUACAGGCCGCUUUGACUCUUCCGCGAAGACCUUUCCUUCACUGCUCCACUGUGAUACCCAUCGCGGUCCUGAGUGUGAAGCUCGCCGUGCACUUGUUCAAGCUCAGGGACUCGUGGCGUUUUCUCCCGUGGAUGAUACUCGUUUCCUGGACCUCACACCACAUCCGCGAUGGAAUCCGUCACGGCCUGUGGAUAUGCCCGUUUGGAAAAACUCCUCCUUUGCCCUCCUCGUUUUAUGUAAUAAGCACAUUGUCCCUGCCACACCUGUGCUCAUUCCUGAUGUAUUUAACAGGGACCAGACAAACGGUGUCUUCCAAAUACGGAAUGCGCAUUGAUGUCUGAGAUGACCUUAUAUGUGGCUCUAAGAGAAGGAAUUCGCUCAGAUGAUCCAAUAUUCAAGUGAAAUUUAUAAAACAUAGGCACUUUAUUUAGUUUUUACAGUUCCUGUGCCCUCUUGUCUGCGAGCAUGCUCAGUACUUGCGUGCCCCUCUUGUCCCGGAGCAUGCUCAGUGCCUACGCCUCUCUCUACAUGUGCAGUACUCGAUUUGCCCUCAUUUCAUGCUGGGUCCGGUGUUGUCGCUACUUUGUCCGACAUUACCGGCUUUGUCUCAUUAACAUCGAAUGCAUUGUCUAGACAUCUGUCUUGGAAACCAGUCCAUCUCCUGAUCAGAAAGGUCAGAGUUCUGGAUCACUAAUUUAUUUGGAUUUAUAUUUUUCUGAGCCACUAAGACAAAUGAAGAGGGCAAAAUAAAUAAGUUUAUGAUAAGACAUAAGUCAAGGGCUAACAAUUAUUCCAUAUAUGUUGGUCCUGACUGAAGUAAUGACGUUAAAGUGUUUUGUGGAUAGUAGUUAUUGACUAUAUCUAAAAUAAUAGCAUUAAAUCUAAGUUAUAUUUUCAGAAUCCAAUUUAGGAAGUGAUUAUUAUCACAUUAUCUGUAAUUACAUUCACCGAAAUUCAUGGGGGAUGGUUAAUGUUUUUGGCCGAGAAUCUCAUACUUUUCACUGAUUUGGAAAACAUGACUGGAUGUUUAAAAAUAUUCGUUGACAAAGAGCAUUAACAAAGCAAUAACUGGAUCAUCACUGAACUUAAAACGCAAAAACAGUAACGAGCAAGGGCGUCAUUUCAGUUGCAGACUGCUGACAGCCACUACAUCUGUGCCAGUGCGAACGGAGACUGUUAUUUACUAGCCUAGAAGAUGUAUGAAAUUAAUAUCUUAAAUAAUCUCUGUACUGAGAAAUAAAAGACUUUUCAAAAUAAAGUCGUUUUUGCUGGA